AAAAGUAAAGGUAUAUAUGUGGGUAUGGGUAUCAGUUAAUAAGCACUAACCCUUAGUAAUGUUUUACAGCAGUUCACAUUUGGUUCUAUCAUUUAGUUGUUUUAGAAGAAUCCAAACUGCUUCAAGUGUACACGAAGUCAAGAACAGUCAGGGCUAAUGAGUAUGUGUACUAACCAUAUAAUCACAAGGUUAAUUAUCUACGCACCUACAACUUUAUCAUAUUUCGCAAGGGCCUAUGGUAGACAAACGAUACUGUACAUGACAAGCUUGAAGGAUUCUAAGGGCUUAGGGUCCAUCAGGAACCCUGAUAAUAAUAAAAGGCCGUGUUUUGAAUGUUAUAAACGUAGAAUAAAGUGUGAUUUAAUCAAACCAACCUGCGGGAAGUGUCACAAGAAAGCUAUACAAUGUCAUUUUGAAAAGAAUAGAAGGUUUGUUCAAUAUGCCGUUUCUGAUAGAGCUCAAAAAAGGUUGCCAAUACAUCUACAGCCGAGCCAUCAGGAGAUGAAUAAGUUAAAGAACAACCAGAGUUUAGUGUUAUGUCAAGAAGGUUUUGGAUUUGAAGAAAAUGAAGCCUUAGAUAUGUCUGUAGAAGCUCCUGGUACUAAAACAGGCAUUUCAGAAUAUUAUCCACUCACAAGGAUUUCAUUAUCGGACUCUUUCCGAUUGACAAUCCAUGAUUUAUCAAAAUCAGUUAAUAUGUUGAAUGGUAAUAACCCAACCAGUUAUUAUUUUGUUGACCAAGCAUUGAUAUUCAAACUAUUUGAUUACUUCAAUGAGGUUAUAUUGGAUCAGAUGGUCCCUUUUGAUAAUGCAAAUUCACCCUACAGAAAAUAUUUGGUUCCCUAUUCUGAGAUAUCCCAGGAUAUCCUAAUUACAUUGAUUUGUAUUGCUGGUGAACAUUUGUAUGCAAGGAAGCUUAUGUCAAAGGCGAUACUAGACUCGUUGAGUACGGGUCUUUCGGAAAUGCUAUGUUUGAGUUUCAUGUCUGUUUCAAACACUAUACAAUUGAACAAGAAUAAUUAUUUUGAGAAUGAAUCAUUUGCAAUCAAAUGCUUAAACUUGUUGAUGCAAAUCAGUUACUCCAUUUUCAGGUGUGAUCAAACAGACACACAAAUGAGAUUCGCAGAGCAGAGAAAUUAUCUAAGGUUAGUGAAUGAGCUGGUAGUGCGUCAUAACUUGAGGUUCCAUGUUUCUUCAAGUACAUCCACCAUGUUUAUCAUUCAAAGACUUGUGUUUAAUGAUGUCUUUAUGAGCAGUCUUAACGACACAAGACCGGUUGUUCCCAAAUAUAUUCUUGAAUACUUGUUACAUUGUGAAUUGAAUCAGGCUGAUGUAUCUUCUUUAUUAAGUAUUAUUGGCUGCCCUGUACAAAUUUUGUUAAUAAUUUAUGAAAUUGAAGUCCUCAGUCAUGAUAUUGCCAAAGAAAGUUCAACAAAAAGUGACGAUGAUAUGAUUUCAAUCUCCAAGGAAAAGACAGAGCUGGAGCUUCGUUUCGUCAAGAAAUUAGAAGACUAUAAGAGGUUAAAUGAAGAAACAAUAAAUCUUAAAGAUGAUAGUUCUAACUUUUCUGUAUUGGUUGAAAUCUACUAUCAUUCAGCUUAUAUACUACUUUUGAGGAAAAUCUGUCACGAAGAUCCUAAAUCUGCUCGGAUGGUUUUUCAUGUUGACAGGGUUAUUUCAAUAGUUACAGAAAAGAUACUCGUUGGGUCUGGCCCGGAUUCUUGCAUUGCAUUUCCCUUAUAUAUUGCGGGCAGAGAAGCUGUUUUGGAGGCUCACAGAGCACAGGUUUUGAAUUUUAUCAACUUAUCGGAAUGGCAUCUUAAUUUAGGUAGUCAGAGGUUAGCUAGAAGUCUUUUGUGUGAUCAUUUUUGGGUAAAAGAUCAAGAAAAUAUGGAGGAAGUGCAAAAGAAAAUCUCAAAAGAGUUUCCUUUUAUAAUUUAUUAGGUUCAACUGUUCCGGGGACUCCUAUGUUUUAAAUUCACCAUUUUCAAGUCAUAUUGCGUGAAAUACUACGAAAUUAUACGUAGCAGCAGAGAAGAAAUUUGAGUGGAACUCUGGAAAGCAUAUACCGAAGAAUUGAUUUUCUCAAAUUUGUUGCUCUUUUGAGAACGGAAUCUACGAUACGCUAGCUGCCAGUGCCCAUACACACACCGGAGAAUAUAUAUUUUCUCAAAAGUAUAGCUGUUUUGGGAAGUAGAAACACGGGAUUUUGCCCUUAUCAUCAAUAGAUGGUGGUGAGCAUCAGCAUGAAAUACUAUUAUAUAUAGGUAAGAAAUUCCUUUAGACCUUGUGGGUAUAAGAUGAAUUCCUCGAAAUCUCAAAUAUGUCUUGCAACCGAAAGACAGUAUUCCGCAAAAAACUAUACUCCUAUGCCAGUGGUAUUUAAGAAAGCAAUAGGGUGUAAAGUAUGGGAUGUCGACGACAAUGAAUACCUAGAUUUUGGAGGCUCAUAUUGUGC